AUGACUAAUCGGGAAAACGAAGGGUUCUGCCACGAUUUCAUGUGGCGUUCAGGAAUGCAGAAAUACAGAAACAAAGAUGUCAUUGCGAUUUCGGAUAUCGACCGGGACGUCGCUCGUCGUACCGAAGCGCGGAAAGCUCAGGCCCGCAAGAUGAGGGGCGAGGCCGGAUUUGCGCCUGAGGCGGGUGGAGACAGCUCGUUGGGCAGUGUGUCUGCGAUGGCUCCACUGGGUGCAGGUGGAGGGGUGGGCGGCGGUGUCAACAGGCUCCGGCCGCUGUCGAUCGCCUCGACAUCCUCGACAUCGACAACCAGUUCGAGUCAUCAGAAACAUCCCUCUAACAGCUAUCUAGCAAGCGCCGAAAGUCUUCAGGAUGGCACGUUUUCACCGAUUUCCGAUGACGAAGGUGACGCGGGCGAUCGUCUCCGAUAUACCGAUAACGUUGCUCACGAAGUUCUCGAAACCGAACGAGCGUACGUCCACGACCUCGGAGUAGUCAUACAGGGUUACCAACGACCAAUGCGAGAAUGUGGAGUGACGGAGGGUUUCGUCAGCGAGGAAGAUCUAGCAAUACUCUUCGGCAACCUGGAGCAGAUUCUCAAGCUUCAUAGCGCUUUCCUCGAACGACUUACGAGCGAGUGUUCUCGGAGAUUACUGUCGCGUUCCGGCGAAACCGAUUACCCCGGAAGCAACGCGGUCGCUAUCGCCGAAUGCUUUCUGGCACAAUUCGGAGCGGAUCAGGGCGUUCAGGUCUACGCGAGUUAUUGCACGAACUAUCCACGAAGUCUGCAAGUGUUGAGUCGACUCGUGAAGCCUGAAACGCGAUCAUGUGCGUUGCUUUCAAAACUCCAAUUGGGCUUGGGGCACCGGAUGCAACUCGGUUCCUACCUCUUGAAACCUGUACAGAGAAUACUGAAGUAUCCCCUCCUUUUGGAUGCUCUGCGACAUUUCGAGAAAGAUUAUCCCGGCUGUGCGGGGCAGGACACCAUAGAGCGAGCGUUGCGGACCAUGCAGCAAAUCGCGAAUCGAAUCAACGAAAUCAAAAAAUUGGAUGAAGAUGCUGUGCGAGUUCAAGAAAUCCAAAGCCUCCUACAGGGGUGGCCUGGAAACGAUUUAACAACGUACGGGGGCCUCGUGGCCGAAGAGAAAGUCAUGUGCUCGAAGAAGCAUUUGAUGCACAUCUUCCUAUUUGAGAAAAUGCUCCUCAUCACGAAACGCAAACGAAAAUCCCCGAAUCUGCUCUUCUACACAAACCACAUCGCCACCAAUGAUCUGAUGGUCAACGAAAGUUCUUGGAUGGUCGUCGGGGACUGCUCCUUCCAGGUUCUCUCGAAAAGCAAUCGACAAAUUACAUAUGUUUUCGAGACGACGGGACGCGAACGGAAGAAACUCUGGUGCGAUCGUCUGAAUAAGAUCAUACUGGACUCCCUCGACAUACCGCCGGAGCAGCGUUCGAAGAUCCUUGAAAAUCUCCGACGAGAGCGGAAUCUCAACUACAACCUGAGCAAACGAGAGCACAAUAAUUCUUUGAAGGCGCACAAGAAAUCCUCCCGUGGAUUGGAUUCGCUCAAGAAAGCGACGAAUAUUCUGCAUCGUCGACGAGCAUCCGUGGACAACAGCAGUCUGAGGCCCAUGGCUCCGGUACCAAACGGCACCAGCGGGAGUCAGAUGUCCGCGGGUUCGAGGGACGCUUCCAGCAACGCUUCACUCCGGACAAAGAACAACAACAACCACACGAGCAGCUCAGCAAGUUGUGGCCGAUCGAGUUUGAAACUGAAGAGCCACUCAAAACACCACUCGUCGAAGGAUCACGGCAAACUCCGACGGUGUAUCAGUCAGAUGGAAUUGAGCCAAGCACAUCAGCGGGGUAGACGACGAGACGCAAGCCUCUCGUCGUCGUCGUCGUCGACGACCUCCUCGACGCGUUACGUACCGCACAGAUCGUCAUCGCUGCCGCGGUGGAUGAAGCUCAGCCCAGUCAAAAGUCAAUCGAAAAUACCUUGCGGCGGGGUCAGCGAUGCGCCGCGAAGCCGUCAAUGGAAACAUCUCCUGUUCACGAUGGGCAGCAGGCUCCGAACUUCGCUGUUGAGCACCGACAGUGGAGUCAGCAGCUCCUCUGCGACCGAGCAACGUCCCGCCUCGAUGGACUCGGCGCUCUUCUACACGAAUUCGGACUCCGAGGACGACGAGGAACACAUCGAGGAAGAAGAUCUCGAAUCGAACAACAGCUCGGGGUCCUUUUACGAGCGGAAUUUCGAGAUGUGUUGCCGAGACGACAUAUUCAGAGACUCGGCCAUAUUCUCGGAGGACCCAGAGAUUUCCGCGGAGUUCCUGAUGCGCGACUACGGGGAUCAGGUGCUGGGCGGCACCACUGAUCUGAAGCAUCUCGUGCGACAAUUGAACGAAGUUCACGAGAAGAGCGAAACGGACCUAGCCGAUUGA